UGUGUCGAAUAAAAAAACGUGUCAAAUAAAAAAAAAUGUGUCGAAUAAAAAAAAUUAAUAUUUCAAAAUAAAUGAAGAAAAAAGCAAACGAAAAAUCUAGAAGAGAGAAGAAAAACAAUGUGAGAGGAUAAUUUUUGGAUGCCUAAACAUGAGAGAAGACGGUGUCUUUUUGGUGGCGGGUGUUUUUUUCCUUUUUCUCAUGUGUCACGCGCUCGCCAUAUCAUCCAGCACGCCUUCAAACAAGUUUCAACUUCCGGAAUACUGUGCUUGGAUACCGCGUAUCGAGGGUGCAAUAAAUUGCAUUUUCCACUCCCCAAGGAACCAUUCCUUGAGAAUGAACUUCACGCAAAUCGCGAGCGACUACGUGACUACGUUGAACAUUGCCUGCGAAACGUUCAUGCCCCAAGAAGCAGAAGACGACGACGAAGAAGACGAGGAAAAACCGGAAACCAACGUCGACGAGUUUCUUCGACUCUGGAAAUUACGAUCCCUAAGAAUAACCGGUUGCGAUUUCACCAACUGGUCCCAAAAUGCAUUCGCCCGUUAUCGUGAUCUACGAAAUCUAACAAUCAUUCACUCCCACCUGAAAUACUCCAUCCAUGGUUAUCAAUUGGAUAAACAUUCAUUUAAAUCAAUCCCCCAAAUUGAGAUCAUCGAUAUCUCGUCAAAUCGCUUAGAGAAAUUGAAUAGUGACACUUUUUGUUCUCUCACAAAUCUUGUUGUUCUGAACAUUUCGCGUAAUAAUUUUCCCACAAUUCAAAACUUGGGUAUAAGUGAUUGCUCCCUUGAUAUAAAGACACUUGAUCUCUCCCACAAUCUUAUAAAAACACUGCCUGUGAACGCCUUCUCGAAACUGAAACGUUUGAACGUACUCGAUUUAUCGGAAAACGAGAUAAACGUAAUUGUGGAUAGAGCCUUUCACGGUCUGCGGUCCUUGAGGACUUUGGAUCUAUCGAACAAUAGAAUAAGUACCCUGCCCGCUCAAGUGUUCAAGGAGAUGGUGAAUUCACUGAAAGAAUUGAAGAUGGGCAAUAAUUCCAUCAGCUAUGUUCCAAAUGGUUUGGUCGCGAAUAUGAAUCAACUUGUCGCUUUGGAUUUAUCAAAUAAUCUCCUGACUAAUAACGGUAUCGAAUCUUCGGCAUUUUCGGGUUUGAUCCGUUUGGUUCUACUCGAUUUGUCGAAUAAUAAAAUUGGAAAACUGGACUCCGGUCUGUUUAGAGAUUUAUAUACUUUGCAGAUUUUGAAUCUACGGUACAAUGAUAUUGGAGGGAUACCUAGUGAAACAUUUUCGGCAAUGAGUAAUCUGCAUAGUCUCGAGAUCUCCCACAAUCGUCUCGAGUACCUUGAUGCGCAUUCACUGAGCGGUUUGUUUGCAUUGUCCCUCUUGAAUAUGGAUUUCAACCUGUUGGAGGACAUUCAUCCGGACGCUUUUCGCAAUUGCUCGAGUAUACAGGAUCUUCACUUGUCGGGCAAUAUGUUUCAGAGUGUGCCACUUGCACUCAAGGAUAUGCGAUUGUUGCGUACACUUGAUCUGGGGGAGAAUUCCAUAAGGCAAUUGGAAAAAUUUAAUCUCGAGGGUAUGGCAAAUUUGUAUGGUCUAAGAUUGAUGGGCAAUGAAAUUGUGAAUGUUAGUCAAGAGGCACUUGUCGAAUUGCCAGCAUUGCAGAUUCUUAAUCUUGCGAAAAAUAAGAUUGUCUUUGUUGAGGAUGAGGCGUUUGGUAGUAAUCCAGCAUUGCAGGCUGUACGUUUGGAUGGAAAUUUUCUGCAGGAUAUAAGAAAGUCUUUUUUGAAUGCAACGAAUUUAUUGUGGUUGAAUAUUUCCGAUAAUCUUGUCGAGAGUUUUGAGUACGAUUUUUUUCCGGAACGACUACAAUGGUUGGAUUUGCAUAAAAAUUUACUGACCAAGCUGGGUAAGGCCCAGGUUUCACAUCUCCAAACACUCGAUUUGUCAUUUAAUAAAUUAACCCGAAUUCAAAAGACGAAUUUACCAACUUCUUUGGAGUUGGUCUUCCUGAAUGAUAAUUUGAUAACAAGCAUUGGGGCGCAGACUUUUUUCGCGAUGGAGAAUUUGACUAGAGUCGAUCUCUACUCGAACCAAAUAGUUCGUUUGGAGCUGUCCGCUUUUCAAUUGGGUAAAACAAGGGAAAGAGUGCCUGAGUUCUACAUUGGGGGGAAUCCGUUUAUUUGUGAUUGUACCACAGAAUGGUUGCAGAGGAUAAAUCAGUUCAACUUGGGACAGCAUCCAAAGGUAAUGGAUCUGGAGUUGGUGUACUGUAAAUUGCCGUACGAUCGUCGACAAUCGUUCAUAUCGCUUUUGGACGCAAAACCCUCGCAGUUUCUCUGCAGUUAUAAUACUCACUGUUUUGCUCUGUGUCAUUGCUGUGAAUUUGACGCUUGCGAUUGUGAAAUGACAUGUCCGAUGAAUUGCAGUUGCUAUCAUGAUGAAUCGUGGUCGGCGAAUGUUGUCGACUGUUCGAAUUCGGCCUAUCAAAUAAUACCGGGAAGAGUGCCGAUGGAUGCCACUGAGGUUUAUUUGGAUGGUAACAACUUUGGUGAGCUGAAUUCGCAUUCUUUUAUUGGGAGAAAGAAUCUUGAGAUUCUCUAUGCGAAUAAUAGUAAUAUAGAGGUUAUCAGUAACAAUACUUUCAGUGGUUUGAAACGACUAGUGACCCUUCAUUUGGAGCAUAAUUGCCUGAGGAAUUUUUACAGUGCGGUACUGGUUCCGAUCGAAAAUCUCAAAGAGCUGUAUCUUCAGUACAAUUUCCUGGAAUAUUUGGAUGAAGCAACCUUUAAGACCCUAAGACACCUGGAGGUGUUGCAUUUGAAUAACAAUCACCUGAAGAAUUUUGCCCUUUGGCAAUUGGGUGGUAAUCCGUAUUUAGUGGAUCUGAUGUUGUCGGGCAAUCCAUGGAAUUGUGAUUGUAAUUAUGUGGAUAGGGCGGGCAAUUGGAUGUUUCAGAACAAAGAGAAGAUUAGCGACUGGAGACAGAUAACGUGCUCAUUGGGAAUUCCAAUGAUUACACUUGUUAAUGGUUCGGUUGUCUAUUGUGCUGCUUUAACUAACACAUCAUCAACGAUCAAAGUACGUCCCUUUGGCGCUUAUAUGCCGCUAAUUUUGGCAAUUGGUGUUCUCGCGCUGAUAAUAAUUGCUCUUAUUUGUGGUGUAUUGAGGCAUAAUCGUGUGAUACGCGCGUGGACAACGAAUCGCUAUCGAUUUCGUACGUGCUAUAAAACGGCGGCAUUUGAAGAUCGUCAGAAGCCAUUUGACGCAUGCAUUUCAUAUUCGGCGAUUGAUGAACAAUUUGUAUCGGGUGUAUUGGUGCCGGGUUUAGAAUCAACUUAUAGAUUGUGUUUACAUUAUCGUGAUUUGGCCGAUGGUAAUAAUGGUAUGAUGAGUGCAAUUGCCGAGGCUGCUGAAUCAUCGAGACGAACAAUAUUGGUAUUGUCGGAUAAUUUUUUGCAAAGCGAAUGGAUGAAUUGUGAAUUUAAAAUUGCAUUGAGAGAGGCAAUUAAACGUAAGGAGAGUUCAAUUAUUUUAUUAUUGGUUGGCGAUGAAUGUCCAAGGGAUUUGGAUAGGGAAUUGAAGAAAAUUAUUUCAUCGCACACUGUUUUAGUGUGGGGGGAGAAAUUAUUUUGGCGUAAAUUGAGAUUCGCGAUGCCUGAUGUAUUGACAAUUCCGGCACUUGAGAGGCCACCGUUACUACCAACGCCGCCACCACCGCCUCAAAUUCGUUGGGCAUAGAGGAGAAAAGCAAGAGAGAGGAGAAAAUAAAAGAAAAUAACUUUUCAGCAGACGCUGUAUCGUAAAUCACUGCCUUCUUCCGGACAGGAUCGACUCACACGAACGAAUGUAUAGGAAUUGUUCUUUGACUCGCGAAUCAAGGAAAAAAAGAAAUUUUUUGAAACGGAGUUGUUGUUAUAUAAAGAUAUAAAUAUAUAUAUAUUAAAAAUAAAAAAAAUAAAAAAAAAUAAAUAGCACUCCGUAAUAUUUUUGAAAACAUAAAAUUAAAUAAAAAAAACAAAUAAAAAAUACUUAACGAAACGUUUUUACAUUAAAAACUUUUUUGCUACUAGCAUUGAUCACGAAUUUUCAACAUUCAAGCUUUUGUCAACAUUUUUACAAAUUACAUUGUAUAACAAAAAAAAAAACAAAAAAUAAAAAAAAAAUGAUCUUACCAAUGUUUCAUAUGGAGUAUAACUUC